AACAUUAAUAAGAAUUACAAAAGCACCCCUUUUCUUCUCACACAUCCUUGUUCUCUUCAAAGUCAGAGCCAACAAGUUUUUUCUUUUAAAGAAUCAAAAUCAUGUCUUUGGAAGCCGAUAUCCGUCGAGAUAAUCCCUACAGCCCUUUCGAGGCCAACUACAAAUUUCUCAAUCCUGGCACACCGAGAUCGGAUGCUGAUCUCUUUGAAACCAGCUUCAAGGCCCCAAGUACGAUUUCUAUGCUCCCGCAGCCACAUCGGCCGCUUCCCGAACAGCAUCCGUGGUCGGACAUGGUGUUUGAUGUGGCCUGCAUGCCUCUGCGCCAAAUGUCGCCUGGUAUCUCUCUCCCAUCAGCUUCCCCAAACUCCUCUAUGCCCACACCACCUCUUUAUUCAGGUUCUACCGUUUCGAGCGCCUUUAGUUCGCGAACAUCCUCCAUGUGCUCUGACCAACCUCUCACACUUGUUGAAGCUACCCGUACUCUUACUCAUGAUCACCUCACCUUUAACCUUUCUCCCUCCAAAAAGUCAAAACACAGUGACCUGGAUCUUCCACCUCUUGCACCUGAUUCUCCUGUACAGGACUCUCUUGUACCGAGCGAUACUUUAAGAAACAGCAGCAUGGACACAACUCUCUCUAGUGAAAUUUAUUCCCAGCUUGACCUUCAAGGGGAUGAUCUUGAAGCAGAUGGCCAAGAUAUGAGUGACCAUUUUGAAAGCACCAUGGAUGUGGAUUCAAAUGAGUCUAAUGAUGAAGGCGAUGACGAGGCUGGCUCCUUCAAAGACUCCGAUUCGCGUGAAUCAUCCUCUAUGGGCGACAUCUCUCCUGUCAAAGGUCGCGCCACGCGCUCAUCCGCUCGGGCUGCCACUAGAGCGUCCAAAUCCAAGCCACCAGCCAAGACGUCCACAAGAGCAAAGAAGAACGUUGCAACCAAAGCCGCACAGGCCCCACAGAAGAUCAAGACAACCCUAAAGAAUGCAGGCCGAGCCUCUUCCAUGGGAUCUAAAUCACCUACUAGUGCUAGCGAUAGCAGCAGUAGUGGUAGCAUCAGUAGCAGCAGUUCCCGCAAACAUUCUUCCGCUGAAGAAGAAUCUCCUGAAGCCAAACGUCAAAAGUUCUUGGAACGCAACCGUAUGGCCGCGUCCAAAUGUCGAGAGAAGAAGCGACUGCAAACUCUUAAGACGAUUGCUGACGCAGAUGCUAUCACUGCACGCAACCAAGCUUUACAUGAGCUGCAAGAAGAGUUACAGGAAGAGGUACGGACACUCAAAAACCAGAUUCUAUGUCACCGUGACUGCGGUUGUGAUGUGAUUCAGAAGUUUGUUCAGAGCAGCUUUGGUGCAGCCUCGAUUUUUGCAGGACCAGCCCAUGCACAAAUUCAAGCACAAGUGCGCGCAGCUGCCCGUCCACACACCCAUAUGCUUUAAAAAAGCAGUAGUGUAGCCACCUGUCUUUGUAAUUUUUUUUCUCUUUCAAACUUUAUGACUAUUCUCGCAUGAAUUUCUGCAGCACAUCAGGAUAUUGCUUAAUACCGCGACAAAUGUACAUAGUGAUCAAAACUUUCCAGGGUCGCGCGUCUUUCCUCUACUUUGUUAGUCCUCUCACUGUACCAUAUAGUAUUUUCCUUUUCAGCGUCUUUAUUUUAUUACUUUUUACUUUUUCUCAAGAAAAAACAUAGUACAUCUAUUACUGUUCGUGCACGUCGCACUAAACAAAUAAAAAU